AUGAUGACAACGUACAAUAAUAAAACAAAAUCAAUUCAAAAUCUUUGUAAUUUUACGAAUUCUGAACAAUAUGGUAACAUUGAACAACAGGUACAAGCUCAAAACUCAACAUACUCAAAACCAAUGGAAGAAAACAUUAGAUUAAAAGAAUUGAAUCAAUCAUCGACGAUGAAAAAUAUUCAAGAGGAAAUUAAGAAGAUUCCCCAAUAUUUAACAUUGGAAAAUAAAUCCUUUCAAAUAGUUAUCGAUCAAGCACUAUCUAUGAUCAUCACUAUGAAAACUAGAAAUAAUCAACGAAAAAAAUUACAAGAUAUAGCACUUUUAGUCCAUAAAAUGAAGCUUAUUUUAAUGUAUCGUCGUUUGUGGACCAUCUAUUUAAAAUCAGGCAUGGGACAAUUGAUCAAUCAAUCAAAAAUACAAUGUAACUAUCCAGUCGAUGUCAAAAUUUGGCCUGAAGAAGUCAAAAAUAUCUUAUCAUCUAGAGAGAUAAAUAAAAAAAAUGAACAUAAGAUCUGUAGUCAAUUUGUUAAAUGUUAUUUACGUAAAUUUAACGAUCAACUAGAACAAUAUCAUAUGAAAUGGCAUAAGGAAACCGACCAUUUCCAUGGUUAUACAUAUCAAAUAUUACAAUUGUUUGAAAACUAUAUGAAACAAUAUCUUCGUCCAUUAUGUUUAAAAAUUGAACAUAAAAUAGAAGUUCUUCAUUAUGAUUAUCAUAUUCAAGCAAUAAAACACGAAUAUAAUCGUCAUAAUCCAAAUGAAUAUCAAGUAAGUACGGAUCAAUUAGAUUGA